AUGGCAGCCUACCCUGAGAGCUGCGCUGCCAUGAUUACGCAAACCCUGGGGGUCGAUGACAAUCUCAAGCCUUGGAAAUUCAGAGACGAACCUGCAGGAAUCCAAUUGCCGAAUGAAGUGUGGUGUAUGAUAUGGGAUUUGACGAUACCAACGAUCGAAGAGCGGUAUACUAUUUCAAUGCAUCCGAAAGCCAUUGGGAAUACAGUUCCGGCAGUUUUCCACGUAAAUCAAGCAAGUCGGGCCACGGCACUUAAGACAUACGAUCGAAUCGAUUUCAUUCGAAAAACCGAAGCCGUCGAGAGUUUUGCCCUGAUCAUUAGGCUUGACUCGGACAAUAUACUGCUCAACCUGCCACCAGGGCGUAUCGCGGAAUGCCAGAGACGGGGGAACGGCAUAUUUAAAUACACACAGCAUGGGCCAAUGUUCGAUCUUGCUCCUUUUUUACAUGACCCUCGAGUUCGAGCUGAAAUUAUGAGGGCAAGCUCAGGGACUGGAGAUGCUAGUCUUGACAAGAGUUCUCAUAAAAGCAGAAGUCAAAAGCAUAAGAAGCUUGGAAGAAGACAAUUGCCGCAGUCAAGAUGGGAGGUAAAAAGCGACGCAAUCUACAAGAUAAGUCACUUAACAAUAACGGAUUCCUGUCUUAACGACCACCUUACCUUCGUUCGCGGGUAUUAUACGAAAGCGCAAGUUGCAAGGAACAUAAGCACCAAUUUGAAGGAGUUGAGGUCCUUGACGUAUCUACAGCUCGUCAAAAAUCCCGGAAAGAAAGCACUAGAGACAGACACAUUGAAAAAAGCUGUAGUCUUGAGGCAUGAAAUUUGGAAGAGUUACAAAACCAAACCAGGCGAGCUGCGCCAAGACAUGUUCACACAACUAAAUGCCUCCCCAACUAUCCAGGGCAGCCCUUGUCCCUUUCUACUUGAGUGUUCUGCUAUGAUGAGAGAUUAUGCGAACGCUCCGAAUACAACGAAUGAACAAACAUCUGAGAAUACAAAAACUAAGCACCGGGAUUCUAAGCAGGAGUUCUGGACCCUACACUUGGCAUGCCUCUGGCCAGACGAGGAGGAGUCGCAGAAAAAGGAUUCUCGUUGGACAGCAUGCACAGAGAUACGUACAUUGACGUGGCAAACGCAGACAGCAUGUUCGCGGGGAUACAACUGGUUUAGAAGAGCUCGAGGUUGA